CGAUGCUUUUCCUAUAAAACCCUACAAAUCCACACUGACUAAGUUCUAGGGUUACACGCCGUCGUCGCUGUUUUUGUGUGUCGCUUCUUCGUAGGUGCAGCUGCAAUGGUGAAGGGACGCCAAGGAGAACGUGUCAGACUCUACGUGAGGGGUACAAUCCUUGGAUACAAAAGGUCCAAGUCAAACCAGUAUCCAAAUACAUCCCUGAUCCAAAUUGAGGGAGUGAAUGCCAAAGAAGAAGUAGCAUGGUAUGCUGGCAAGAAAAUGGCCUAUAUCUACAAGGCUAAGGUGAAGAAGAAUGGAAGCCAUUACCGCUGCAUAUGGGGCAAGGUUACAAGGCCUCAUGGUAACAGUGGUAUUGUCCGUGCAAAAUUCAAGUCGAACCUUCCACCCAAAUCAAUGGGAGCCCGAGUAAGAGUAUUCAUGUAUCCAAGUAACAUAUGAGAUUCAGGUGAUAAAACGCUCAGUAGAAGUCCCAGCUGAUUUGUAGGCACAAGGAUUUUUGUUUCAUUUUCUAUAAUUUUGUUGUCGUCUGUCAACUUUUGAGAAUUUUUCUUACUGUUUAGACGUUCAUGGGACAGAAUGGUUUUCUCAGUUAUCCUGGUUAUUGUCUAUGAAGAUUAUAUAUUCGUUACUAUUAAGUGUGGAUUUGGUUAGCUCGUA